UCCCUAGCGGCGCCCUAAGUGAGAAGAGAGUGAAAAAUAGCGGGCAUACAUGCUCAUAUCACUAUUUCAUAUGGAGGCGUUAGGGCCGUGCAAACUCCACCCAUCCCCACUACUAACAAUGCAAUGCUAGCUAGCAAAUGAAGACUGUGGUGCUGCAGGUCUUUGAAGAGAGUAAUGAUCCACAUUUAAAACAUUUCAAAACCCUGCAAGAUUUUCAAGGGAGUCUGAGACAUUCUUUGCGGCCCUAUAAAAGCCACAGGUCGAUCUGAGAGACUGUCAGCACAACAGCAAGGUGGGCCAGCCAGCAAAGGGAGAGAAAACCAGAAGAGGCCUUCCCUUUUAGUGGAACUGGAACUAUACUCAAGAACAAACAAAUAAUCUGAUUCUAGAAGACACUUUGUAACACACUGAGAACCAAACAUGAGAGGAUCUUCCUAUUCCCAGAAAUCCCAGUCCCUGCAGGUGAGUGGGGCACGCAGCAGUAUGCGAGUUCAGAGCCCCUCUCCCUCCCGGUGCCGUGGAUCCUCAUACAACAACCGUGGACGGUCCGGAUACCAGGGCGGCCACGUGUCCUCGGCCGUGGAGUUGGGCACAGAGAUACACCAGGUCCAUGCCAACGAGAAGGAGGAGAUGCAGGAGCUAAACGUGAGGUUUGCAGGCUACAUCGAGAAAGUCCAGGCCCUUGAACAGAGGAACGCCCUGCUGAUGGCCGAGCUGGCUGCGCUACAGGGCCGCUUCAAGGGAGGCCCCACCGGCAUCGGAGAAGAGUACAACCUCAAGUUCAAGGAGAUGAGGGAGCUGAUCGAAGCCUUGACCAAUGAGAAGGGAGCUGCUGAUAUCGAGAGGGGAUACAUUGAGGAGGAGGUGGAGGUGUGGAGAAUGAAACUGGAAGAGGAGCUGGCACUGAAAGAGGAGGCAGAGAUGAUCCUGAGGGAAUUCCGUCAAGACGUUGACAAUGCCACUCUGCAGAAGGCUGAGCUCGAGAAGAGUGUCGAACAGCUGGUGGCCGAGAUUGAGUUCCUCAAGAAGUUGCAUGACGAGGAAGUUGCCGACCUCAUGAAGCAGAUCGAGGACUCCAAGGUGACCACGGAACUCGACGGUGACCGCCCCGACCUCGCCGCCUACCUCCGCAACAUGCGCGCCGAGAUUGAGACUGUGGCGGCCAAGAACGUCCAGGAAGCCGAGAAGUGGUACAAGGGCAAGUUUGAAACCCUCAAAGAAGUCGCCGGCAAGAAAGAAGAGCAGAUGAAGUCCAUGAAAGAAGAGAUCACCACCUUCCACAACCAGGUGACAGACCUCCAGAACCAGAUCGACGGGCUGAGGGCGAGAAACGCGGCCCUGGAGCAGCAGCUGGAGGACAUGGAGAUGGCCCACAUGGAUAAGGUUGGAGGCCUGGAGGGCAUCAUUGCUCAGCUGGAGCACCAGCUCUGCGAGACCAAGAUGGAGAUGGGCAAGUACCUGGCCGACUACCAAGAGCUGCUGCACAUCAAGCUGAAGCUGGACGCUGAAAUCGCCGUCUACAGGAAGCUGCUGGAGGGAGAGGAGAGCAGGCUGGGGAUCUCUGCAGGGAAACAACCAGAAGCUUAAGGUGUCUAAAUAUCAUUCCAGACAGAGGAGCGCUUCAGAUCAGAAGGAGCUGUCACAGAGGACCACCUCAAUGUCCUGCAGUGUGGAGACUCACCAGCUGCCAGACGGUCUGCCUGAGCAACCCACGUUCUCCCCUACCACCAAGCUUGUCAACUCCCCCUACCUUCACUCCUCUGUUCCACCUACCCGCCCACCCUAUCAGCCCCCCACCCUCCUUCUGCCCCUACACACUGUCAACCCCUAGCACAUUCCAUCACACUUUCCCAACCAGCCCACCUGUCAACCUCCCACCACCUCCUCCAAGUCCUGCCUGCCCCUGUCAACCACCCACCAUCACCUCCUCCCAACCAGCCCACCCCUGUCAACCCCACCCCCUCAUCCCAGUCCUGCCCGCCCCUGUCAGCCCCCCACCACCCCCUCCUCCCAACCUGCCCGCCCCUGUCAGCCCUUGUCAUGUCACGCUGUGCUACCGUAUGGUUAACUCGUCAAAACAACACAUGACUUUUAUUUUAAAUGUCAUUUAAACCCCCUUCACCCCACCUAUUUUCAUGUUAUGUAACAUAACUGAAGACGUUCACAUAAAUGUAUACCAAGUACUACUUAAUAAACAAAGCUUGACUUGAGUGCAUUA